AUGGGAGGUGCGGCUUCGACGCCGCGAAGUACCGGUGGUGACGAUGUUUCGGUGGAGGAGUACCUCAUUGCGACUUUCGUCGGGGAGAAAUCGUUUCCCUUGGCGUCUGAUGUCUGGAACAAGCUGCUUGAGCUUCCCUUGAGAUCUCGGUGGCCCCGUGAUCGCGUUCACCAAGCCUGUCAACUCUUCGCACAGAGCAAUGGAAACACUAGGCACCUGGCGAAACUAUUGAUUCAUCUGUCGUGGUGUUUGCAAGAGCUUCUCCAAGCUUCUUCUGAUGAUGAUGAUGAUGAUGCUCACUCUUCUCUCUAUAAGAAAGCUCUUAACGCAACCUAUAUUUCAUCCCUCUUUUUGAAGCAUUUGAUUGAGAAUGGCAAAAGUGAGGAGUUGCAUCUCUCUCUCGACGAAUCUGAGCCUGUUCCUCAUGGCUUUGUAAUGGAUCAAGAUAUCCAGAAUUUUGUCAUGCGUAGUUUUGUUGAGCUUCAUUGGAUCAACCGAAGUGAGGAACUUCUCAACUUCAUGGUUGUUGCAAUGUCGACUCAGCUUCUCUCCGGACCAUCACCUGGACCAAAAGAUGCCAACCCUUUUCUUGAUGCAGCAAUGGCUCAGGAAAAGUCUAUAGUUUGUAUGGCUGUGAGAAGGUUGCUACUUAAUUAUAUUUCCCGAAACCAUACUCCGAAUGCAAAAACCUAUUUAUAUUCUGAUGGAGAUUCACCAGGCAUCUUGGAAAGAGUUGGUUCUGCAGCUGCGACAUUUGUGCUCUUGCCUUUGAACUAUCUUGUAAAUAAUACUGGUGACGGAUCUAAAUAUCCACUAGCAGAGUCCAGCCUUCAUGUUUUGCUUAUCCUCAUUCACUACCAGAAGUCGAUCUUGAGUGAUGAGUCCAUGACGGAUAAAAGUGAUGACAGUGCUACUUCAGAAUCAGUCUCUAAAGUUCAUGUAUUUUCCUCUGGCAAUACUUUUACCAAGGCUCUGGCAAAUGCUAGAGAUGUAGAAUUUGACCGCUCAGAUUUGGAGGGAAAUGCCUACUCUGGUCCACAUGUUCGGAUACCAUUUGCUUCGUUAUUUGAUACUCUUUGCAUGUGUUUGUCUGAUGAGGGAGCUGUCUUGCUCCUCUACUCAUUGUUGCAAGGGAACUCCUACUUCAAGGAGUAUGUUUGGAUGUGUAUCUGCAGACCACAUGCCUUGCAACCUUGGCUAACAUGGCACCUCAUGCCCAUCAUCUUAGUGCAUAUGCUUCACAGAGGCUUGUCAGUCUCUUCUACAUGCUUUCUCGAAAGUAUAACACAGUUAUCAGACUUGACAGGUGAUAAGCUGCAAAGUAUCAAAAUAAGCUUGUCAGGAGAGGAUGAUAGCGUUUCAGAAGAUCUGGCAGCAGAGUUGCAAAUCUUUACUGAUUUCUUGAGACUUGUCCUUGAUAUAUUAAAUGCAAUUUUGACGUACGCGUUGCCUAGGAAUCCCGAGAUUGUCUAUGCAAUCAUGCAUCGGCAGGAAGUGUUCCAACCUUUCAAGAAUCAUCCGCGAUUUCAUGAGCUAGUCGAAAAUUUUACACCCCGCAUGGACACUCAAAGAUCGGAUCGAGAAUGGUCAGUGCAGAAAGUUCUUCAGUUCAUCAUCGACAAUUGUCGGUCUUGGCGAGGCGAAGGCAUGAAGAUGUUUACUCAACUACACUUCUCGUAUGAACAAGAGAGUCACCCAGAAGAGUUCUUCAUUCCAUACGUCUGGCAACUAGCUUUAUCCCGAUGCGGAUUCAGUUUUAAUCCGGACGCCAUCAACUUAUUCCAGUACCACACCAAGUUGAAGAACAAAUAG